CUCAUUUAGUUUUCUCCACUAGUUUGCAGGCACAUACAUAGGCAAUUUAUUCAAUAAUUUCAAAAAAAGCUAGCAUUGUGCAUGUUAAUGGGUUUUUUUUUCACCUUAAAUAUAUCAGAUUUUUUUAGCAGUUUUCAAUAAAUUAUUAGUGGGCACCCAAAAAUGAACCAAAAAAAUUGAUCUUUGAUUCAGAAAAACACAGAAGGGGAAAAAGGAGAAAACAGAAAACGAAAAUGGUGGCGAUCUCACUGUACAAAGGCAGCCUCCACAAAGCGUCCGGCGUGUCCCGUCGAUGGUCGCCGCCGGCCCCAAGGAUCUCGCUCAAGGACUUCAAGAUUCUCCUCUGUCGCCGCGACAGGGCCCUCGCCCGCCUACGCUCCUCCUCCGCCGCUGCCGAUGUCGAUGUCGGGACGGCUUCAAGCCCUAGACCCGAUCCUCUGCCCAAUCGCGCUAAUACCAAUUCAAUCCAUCCGGACAAUGAUGUGAGUAAAAGGGUUGGAGAUAAUCAUGUCGAUAAUCACUGUUCUGAACCUGAAUUGCUGCCCAAGGGGGUUUUGAAGGAGGAGGAAGUGAGAGAGAUGGUGACGGAUGAGAGAGAAAAUUUAUUUAGGGAAUUUGUGGAGAAAGCUGAUGCUAUGUUGGAGGAGCAGAAGGAUGAAGAGAAUGUUAAGGCUCUUGUGGGUGAGAAAAGCAUUUCAGAAAAAGCUGCAGAGGAACGAACAAAGGAGGUGAAGGAGAAAUUGGAAAUAUUGAAUGAGAAAAAACACAGUUUGGUACAAGUGCUGAAACAGAUUUUGAGUGCAGAAGAGAAGUUAAAGAGAGGUGAAGCCGAUGACUUUUCAAAUCAUAAUACAACUUCUCAUCACUUACCUCGCACGAGCUGUACUUCACCAUCCUCCGAUUCUCAACAGCGGAAGCCUAGCUCUUCCAUGGUACCUCACUCUUACCGGGCCACUAUGAGUGUUGUCGGUAGUCCUUCACGGUUUGCACCCGCUGGUCAAAGUAAAAGUCAAGGUCAAGGUCAAGGUCAAGGUCAAGGAUUGUCGGUUCUUGCUGUUUCGGCUACGAGUUAUGUAGUUUCGUCUCCUUCUCCUGCUGCAUCGGGUGGUACCUCUGUCUUUAGAGAGGCCAUGAAUUAGAGAAAAAACUCAAUUAUCAGCUAGCUUUUUGUUGUUGCAACUUGUACUUCUUAAGUUUUAACCUUUGCUAUUGGCUUCCAAUUGCCUGUUAUUAAAAAAAAAAAAAUGUUGAUGGAAC